CGUCUGACAGCCCUACCACUUGGCUUUUCGUAUAUAUUCAAUGUGGCGCUUUUAGUUUGGAAGGUUAUGGAUUCGGGCUUCGGGGUGUGGCAUCUUGCGCGAAUUUAUAUAAAAUGACAGUGACGCUUCGUGUAUUAUUAUGUCGGCCAAAAAACGUUGUCAUUACCGGCUAAAUGUGACAAGUGCGUUGAAGUUCAUUCCGUGACUAAGACCCACUGGGGACUAACAGUGGGAAUACGAAGUCCACCAGUGGUCGUGAACGUUUUUUUUUUUUUUAUACUUCGUCUCAAUUUUUUUCAUCAAGACGUCAACAUUGUGAAGAGUUUCUAGUGUUCGACAAUAUUUCAGUGACACUUGGAACGUACAACGAUAUCAUUUUUUCAUGACACUUGUUCCGUCUAAAUUUCUUGCUAAUUUUCGUGUUUGCGGAUACCACAAUACAUCAAUUGGCAGUUUCAAUUGAGAACCUAUCGCUGUUUCCUGGAUCACGUUGCAGAUUGAACGGAAAUCAUUAUCAUAAUCCGUCGUUGCCUCACUGCACGGAGUUUGGUCCAUGAAAUCGAAAAUUUAUCAUUUGUUGUGGGAUGUUGAGCGCAACCAGCCCCACUCAGCCCCACGAGUUCACAGAGAUGUCUCGGCUGGCGGACUAUUUUGUUGUUGUAGGCUAUGACCAUGACAAAGAAAGUCAUUGCGCUGUCUCAGGAGGUGGUAUCAGUAGCGGGAUAAUCGUUCAAAGAUUCCCUGAAAAAGAUUGGCCAGAUACACCUUUCAUUGAGGGUAUCGAAUGGUUCUGUCAGCCACAAGGAUGGGCUUUAUCAACGGAACGUCAAGAGCCUCGGUUCUUUGUAUCCAUACUAACGGACAUCGACGCAAAUCGUCAUUAUUGCGCUUGCAUGUGUUUCAACGAAACGGUUUCGAUAGUACCAAGCAAACCUGUGGACGAAGAAGAGGAUCCUGUCGAUGGAGACAGCCGGACACUGGUCCGAAGUAUUCCUGCGAUAGCUCAUCACAGCAUUAUGUAUGCUCCAAAAUGCCUUGUGCUUGUCUCCAGGCUCGAUUACAUCGAAACUUUUCGGAAUUGUCUCGGUAUAAUUUACACGGUGUAUCUCGAAAAUUCGGGAACGCCAUUAGAGACACUCGUGGGAAAUAUCUUAGGCUGUAUUCAAGUACCACCACCAGGAGGACCACAGGUCCGUUUCAGUAUCGGAGCUGGAGAUAGGCAGGCUCUACAACCACCAAUAAGUCCGUCUCUUCCCAUUACACAUACCAGUGUAAAUUUAUUAUUUCAACAACUCGGCAUCCGGAACGUUCUAGUAUUAUUUUGCGCGGUGAUGACCGAGCACAAGAUCCUUUUUCAUUCGGCGAGUUAUUCAAGACUGACGGAAGGCUGUCGCGCGUUAACUGCUCUAAUGUAUCCGUUUCGUUAUACCCACGUUUACAUUCCGUUAUUGCCAGCAGCACUCGUCGAAGUACUCAGUACCCCAACGCCCUUCAUAAUGGGAGUUCAUAGUUCGUUGAAGUACGAAGUCGCCGAACUUAUGGAUGUUAUCGUAGCGGAUCUCGACGGAGGAUCAAUAAUGGUACCUGACGGUGUUUCAUUGUCAUUGCUCCCGGAACCUUUGCUUUCACAAACGCAGGAUGCGCUCUCGUUGGUUCUCCAGCCUGAACUUCUCUCAGCCGAUAAUGCAUUUCCGCCUGUGACAACAGGAGCACCCAAUCCACCGAAAUUGGACAAAGAACUUCGUGCUGUAUUCAUGAGAGCGUUCGCUCAAUUGCUGCAGGGAUACAGAAGCUGUCUUACUCUUAUCCGAAUUCACCCCAAACCAGUCAUAACUUUUCAUAAGGCAGCCUUUCUCGGCGAACGAGGCUUCGUCGACUGCGACUUUACAACGCGAGUCCUCGAUUGCAUGUUCUUUACUUCAUUCAUCGCUGAACGCGGACCCCCCUGGAGACCUUGCGACGUUUGGGACGAAUUGUACAGUAAUCUUAGCGACCAACUAAAACAAGAGAGUCAAGAUCACCGUUUGUUAUUGAAACACAUACAAGAUCUCGCAGAACAGCUUUACACGAACGAAAAUCCAAAUCCACAGCCUUAUGUGCAGAAGAUUCUUAAGCCGCCGGAAGGAGCUUUUGCCAGGAUACACCAACCGCUUCUUCCUCGAAUUAAUUCUGAACAAGUACAAGCGAUUAUCGACGAAGGUCUUGCUAAAAAUAAUUUGAAAGUCAGAUUAUCAUCAUUGAGGCCGAUUCAGCCGCGCAUCGUACCGACGGGUCCACACAUAUCGAUAGUUCACGACACGAGGCACCUCGUGAGCAAUUCAGCGCGGAGACUCGAAGUGUUGCGAAACUGUGUGAAUUGUAUUUUCGAGAACAAAAUAUCGGAUGCUCGGAAAACAUUCCCAGCGGUCCUUCGGGCUCUGAAGAGUAAAGCGGCGCGAUUGGCGCUUUGUAAUGAGCUUUCGCAGCACGUAGUUGGUAACAAAGCGAUGUUGGAGCAUCAGCAAUUCGAUCUUGUUGUGCGAUUGAUGAAUUGUGCGCUACAGGACGAUUCAUCGAUGGACGAGCACGGCGUUGCCGCUGCGCUUUUGCCUCUGGCAACAGCUUUUUGUCGAAAGCUAUGCACGGGUGUCAUACAAUUUGCUUACACGUGCAUACAAGAGCACGCGGUCUGGCAAAACCAACAAUUUUGGGAAGACGCAUUUUAUCAAGACGUGCAAAAAGACAUAAAGCGUCUUUAUCUUCCUGGAGAAAAUUUGACGCCGCGUUUGGGUUGUGAUACGCUCGUUAGUCCGGUGAGUCCCCGUGACAACAAGGAAUUCCCGUUCAGAGAACGUGGCUCGGUUUAUCGGAAUCAAGAACCGUCUGCACUCGAAAUUGCUGCUGAACAAAUGAGAGUUUGGUCAUCGAUCGAUCCGGAUAAGCAGAAGGAGCUGAUAACGAGCGAGGAAAGCACGAUGUACAGUCAAGCGAUUCAUUAUGCCAAUAGAAUGGUAUAUUUGCUCGUGCCUCUUGACAUCGGUGCGAAAACUCAUCGCCAGGAUAAUGUUUACGAAGACGAGAGGGCCAGUAAUAGUAUCACCAAUAGCGUUGCCAGUGACAGCGGCGAUGCUGAAUCGGGAUUCGAAGAGACUGAUCCGGGAGAGACGGGAGGUGCGGUUAUAAGAAUGGUCUCGCGCUUCGUCGACCGGGUUUGUACCGAGGGUGGUGUCAGCGCCGAGCACGUGCGUUGUCUCCAUCAAAUGGUACCCGGUGUCGUGCACAUGCACAUAGAAACUCUCGAAGCGGUUCAUCGUGAAAGCAAGACCUUGCCGCCCAUACAAAAACCCAAAAUCUUGACACCCAACAUGUUACCCGGUGAAGAAGUUAUCAUGGACGGUCUCAGAGUUUAUUUAUUGCCUGACGGAAGAGAGGAGAGUACCGCUGGAUUGCCUAAAACUCCGCCCCUCUUGCCAGCCGAGGGAGCCAUAUUUCUCACCAAUUAUCGUAUCGUAUUCAAGGGCAUACCCUGCGAUCCUUUCGCUUGCGAACAAUUGGUCGUUCGAGCCUUCCCCGUCACGUCACUCACGAAAGAAAAACGCGUUGCCGUUCAACACCUUGCUCAUCUCGAUCAAUGCAUCCAGGAAGGCUUGCAGCUACGAUCGUGCACUUUUCAACUCAUCAAGUUGGCCUUCGACGAGGAAGUCACGCCGGAGAACAUCGAAACUCUCCGCAAACUCGUCCACAAGGCUCGAUAUCCUCCUCACAUCUUUCAUCACUUUGCUUUCAACGGACAAGUUAUCGUUGCUCCGACUGCUCAUCAUAAAGGAAAAGAAAAAAAUGCAACGUUGAAGGGAUUCGCGAAGAAAACGUUGCUAAAAACAGCUCGGAGAGCGGGAUUCAAACCUAAACAGUCUUCCAAAAGACAAAAGUACGUUUUACCGAACAUGAACCUUACGAGCAGUAACAAAUAUAUGACAUCACCCGGAAGGAUGAGCCUCCCUGUAACAGAUAAUAACGACCUCAGUCACGACGAUGAUUUGAGCAUCGACGAGUUCGAAGUGUCCGGUUUUGUUCCGCAACAACCCCCAACGGAUGCAAAAACUCUUGAACGUCUUUCCGAGCGCAGUUACGUCAGAGAUUGGUACCGACUUGGACUCUGUCCCAAUGGCCUCCAAAAUAAUCGAAGGAACGAACCAUUUCGUUUGACUUCGGUCAAUUGCGCUUAUAUGAUUUGCCGGAGUUAUCCGGCUCUUCUCGUUGUACCAAGCUCCGUUUCUGACGAGAGUAUUCGUAGAUUCUGCAGAUUGUACAGACACAAUCGUCUUCCAGCUGUAACAUGGAGACAUCCAAGAACAAAAGCUUUGCUCAUCAGAGGUGCUGGCUAUCACGGAAAAGGCGUCAUGGGAAUGCUCAAAGCGCAUCCAACUUCCGGUGGUAAUCUGAAAGCAACGUCUUCGGAAACGACAUCGACUCUCGAACAAGAAAAAUACAUAAUGACCCUCGUCGCUGCGACCCCGUUGUCGGUGUUGCGCCAAGGUUCGGCAUGGGGAAUGUCGGACAGUUCGUUGAGUAUAGACUCGCUUCUUCUUGCGGCGGAAGAUCGUAACGCGACGCCAGAGCAAUCGCGACGAAACCCAUUUAACAAGGCGAUCGGCACGCUUGGAUCCUCGGCGGGAAAAGGGCCGAAAAAUUUUGGUCGUUGGGGUUCUUUGAAGGACAAGAGGCACAAUUCUCAAGCGUCAUUGACCUCGGUGAAUCAACGUGGCACGGUGCGACACUCGGCGGAUUCGGACAGCGGUACCGAGUGCGUGCAUACUUUUCAACGGGCCGCACUCUACAUCCUCGGAGAAAAAUCUCACAUGCGCGGAGUCAAAACGGAAACUGCGCCGAAAACGGAUUUCAUACCGGUCGAGUAUUACGACGUGCGACACACGAAGACGGCCUUUAAAAAACUCAUGCGAGCUUGCGUUCCGAGCUCGCUGAACCUAGAGCCUGAUCAAAGUUUCUACAAACUCAUCGAGAGCUCCGAGUGGCUGCAACAGCUUCAAAGUCUGAUGCAGUUGUCCGGCGCGGUGAUAGAUCUCAUGGAUGUGCAGGGCUCCUCAGUCGCGGUUUGUCUCGAAGAUGGUUGGGACACGACGACUACGGUCUGCUCGGUCGCCCAAGUUUGUCUCGAUCCGCACUACCGUACAAUCGAAGGCUUUCGCGUUUUGAUAGAAAAAGAGUGGCUCGGAUUUGGCCAUAGGUUUGGACACCGCAGCAACCUCGCCGCGAACUCGCAAACAACGAAUUUCACCCCGACCUUUCUUCAAUUUCUCGACAUCGUUCAUCAGAUACAGAGACAAUUUCCUCUUGCUUUCGAGUUCAACGAUUAUUAUCUCAAGUUCCUAGCGUAUCACUCGGUAUCCUGUCGUUUUCGUACUUUCUUGCUCGAUUGCGAAUUCGACAGGGUCGAGUGUGGCAUCACCGCGGUCGAGGACAAACGCGGCUCUCUCACCAGUCAUCACAAGGGCGUGGACACCGGUAGCGACGACGAAAUUGUUUAUCCCGGUGGCAGAUUCGCCGGCACACACACCGGCUCCAAUCUCGGACAAAGCGUUUUCGAUUACAUCGAAAGACAGCAUGCUCGCUGUCCGAUAUUCUUUAAUUUCAUGUACACACCCAAUACCGAACAUCCGGUAUUAAGGCCAGUCUCCCACCUGCCUAGUCUUGACAUAUGGCAAUAUUAUCUUGAGGAAGAACUCGCUCACGGUCCGGCUUACGAUCUCGAAGUUUUACAGCAGGAUACGCAGCAAGAGGAGGAGUCCGAGGCUGCCGAUGGUAUCGUUAAGAGCAAUCGGAAAGUCGUUACGCAAGGAUACGACAACCUUGGUACAAUGGUACCGGAUCAAUUCUCUUAUUUGUUGGAAGAAAUUCACAAGCUCGAGACUGAAUUGGGUCACCUACCACAGAAGUGGAAAAUUCUCUGGGACAAACUAGAAUUACCAAAUACCGAUUCGUUGGCUCGGCACGCAUCUUUCAGCACCGCUCUAGUCAGAUAUCACGGCCGUUUGAUCCACAAACGUUCAACCCUCGAACUGCUCUUACGUGGAAAACUUGCAGGCGGUAACGCUUCCGGAAAUGAGGGUUCCGUUUACGCUCAUCCACAUAGAUUCGAGAGAUUGGAUUCGGCCACACCGACUCACUGCGACGCUUGUUCCGGCGUUUUGUGGGGACCGGUAAAAGCUGGGCUGCGAUGCGUCGAUUGCGGACACGUGUGUCACGACAAAUGUGCCGAUGCCGUGCCGAAAAAUUGCACCAAGUACAAAGCCGUAGCUGAUAAUUUGCAAUCUCACACAUUGACGCGAAGCGGUGGCGACAACGGAAGUGUCAAUUCCAGCGUUACCACCAUACAAACUUCAUCUCAACAAUAUUAUGAACAAUUUUCGAGCAACGUAGCAGAGAAUAGAACGCACGAGGGUUACCUCUACAAGCGGGGUGCCUUGCUAAAGGGUUGGAAGCAAAGAUGGUUCGUGCUCGAUUCGAUAAAGCACCAAUUGCGAUAUUACGACGCGAUGGAGGAUUCUCAUUGUAAAGGGUAUAUAGAUCUGGCGGAAGUAGUUUCGGUGACACCAGCAACGCCGACACCAGGACCACCAAAGAAAACUGACGACAAGUCGUUCUUCGACCUUCGCACAAAUCGACGGACGUACAAUUUUUGCGCGGGUGACGCGGCAAUGGCGCAGGAAUGGAUCGAGAAGGUUCAAGCGUGCCUGCAGUAGAGAUUACGAGAUAAAUAAUUAAAACCGCGAUCUGUUAGCACUAAUGCCACUCGGAACUCUCGAUAAAUCGUGCAAGUGACUGAUAGCGUAAUUAGAGAAGAAAGAAAAAUAAGAUAAAGAAAGAAACCCUUAAUUUUGUUACAUAUUUUUUGUAUAGUCCAAACGUGCGUAUCUGAUCACGGAUAAUCGUUUCACGUCCUCGAGAUGUUCCUCCUCUUCUUCCACAUCUUCCGAGUAUAAAAUUUUCUAAAACUGAGAUUACUACGAUAACUUGAAGUGUUUGAAACAUUGACUCUGCGGAAAGUUUCCCAGUCUAAUCUCUCAAUAUGCUCGCUUAUGUAUCAUGUACUAUAUAAUAGCAUUUUAAUUUAAAUUAUGUUGACCGGAAAUUGCUUCGAUAUUCCACCUUCUGACAAGCGAGAAGAAAAAAAAUCCUCAAUUUAUCGCUCUCUUUGUCAGAGGUUUUUGAUGGUUCAGAUUUUCAGUGUCUUCCUUUAUUUCUUUUUUGCAUCGUCUCGUGUUUGUCCUUUUUUUUUAAUAUUCUAUUUCAUUAUCCAUAUGAGACAAAGCGGCCGAAGGUCUGAAUCGCAAGCAUCAUUCUGGUGAACAAUAUUUUAAAAUCAAUAUAUUUAUAUAUAUAUAUAUAUAUGUAUGUAUAGUCUAUAUGUUGCUAUAUAUGCUAUAUGUACGUGUAUAUUGAAGAUAAUUAAUCAUAUUAAUUGUUGAUAUUCUAUAAGAAAGAGAUCUCGCUUACAUAAAGAUAAAUGACGGGCCAUAAACGAAGGGGAACCGAGAAUUUAUAAAUUACCCGAUGCUCCAUCGAAAAAAAGACUAUUUCACUCAUAUCUUUUCUCUUUCCGUAUUGUACGUUCGAAGGCUUUGCUGCUCAUACAAUGAAUAUUAAAAGUUACACGAAUAUAUAGGCAAUGUAAUUCACGUGAACGUAAGAGGUCGGAAACAAAGUCGUCAAAAAACAAUAAAAAAAAUCUUUAAAAAUAAAUAAAUUAAACAAGUUUCUUUAUAAUUUGAAUGAAAUAUACAUCAUUUGGACGAUAA